AUGCGUGCUCUGUGUUCGGUUCGCGGGCCGCUGGGCGGGGAUACGCGCGCGCUCGGUGCGGGCGCGCGUCUGCUCUCGCUGCGUAUGCCCGGCCAGCCGCAGCCGCUGCACUUCGUCGUCGAAGCCAAAGCGAGGGUCAAGGAGCUAAAGUCUUUGGCCAGCACGCACGCUCAGUUACAAGGCAUGACCGACAUGGAUCUAUUCGGACUAGCCGUUCUACAAAAUGGAGAAUACUUGUUUGUUGACCUAGAAAGUAAAUUAUCAAAAUAUGCACCAAAAAGUUGGAGAUCAUCACACACUCAUGGUUUGGACGCAAAUGGAAGACCUCUUCUAGAAUUACAUCUUGUAAUUCAGUUCCAUGUGGAGAGUCCACUACUUAUACACGAUGAUAUUGGACGACAUCUUUACUUCUUACAACUACGUCAUAACGUAAAGACGCGAGACGUACUGCCAGCUGAAAUUAUCCUUCUGUUGACUGGCCUAGCUUUGCAGGCAGAAUAUGGAGACUCAGCCGACUACGACGACCGUGAUUACUUUAAAGUGGAAGAUUAUGCACCCUCAUCACUCACGGGUGAUUGGGUCGCUGCUGCUAUGCGGGGAUGCCAUCGCGAGCAUCGUGGUCUUUCGAAAACGGAUGCUGAAACAAGGUUUAUAAGAGAAGUGUGCUUACUGCCCGACACAAUCAACUCUCAUCGCUAUCGGCUAAAACAAUCAAAAUCAGAACCAGACCCAGGAACUGUGUGGUUACUUGUUACAGCGAUAGGCAUAAAAAUCCUUCCAGAUAAUGGCUCACUUUCAAAUUUUAUAUGGAGUUCCAUUGGGAAACUGAGCUUCGACAGAAAGAAGUUUGAAAUAAGAACCGAAGAGGGUAAAUUCACACUGUAUUCUAAUAAUGAAGAAAAAUGUAAAUACUUAUUCGCAUUAUGCAAAGAAUCUCAUCAAUUCUCAAUGAAGAUAGCACCAAAGUUAAAUGAAAUUAUUCGAAAAGAAGAAGAGGAGCGUAAAGCCUGUUAUGGAUAUUCGAAAUCCCUUAACAUACAUUAUAAUCAGAACAAAAACGAACAAAGAAUAUCAGUAAUUUCAUCAACCAGUUCAAACACCACUUCUGGUAUUGUAAGUGAUAGAGUCCAAUCUGAAGACGAGUUAGAAAUCAUGAUAGAUUCACCUCCUGCGCCAUCGACGGAAAGUUUAGCUUUUGCACAUUUACUAGAUUGCUCAAAUUCUUAUUUUAUUCGUCACAUUCCACAAAGUAAUGAACCCUUAACGAAAACGUCAUCUUUACAGAUGCAUAAAUCUAAAGUUCGAAUAAGAAAAACUAAAGGUGACCUACAAAACGUCAGCAGUAAAAUUAACACACAGUCCUCAGAGAUCAGUAAAAUAUCCACAAGUAAUUCAGAAGAAAGUACUUCUUUGACCGAACAGACUCAGACUGAAAGCGGAAGUCCGGUUUCAAACAAGUUAAAAUGUACAGGAUCACAGUGUUCUUCAUCCUGUAGUACAGUUAUAAUGACUCGAGCUGCCCUAAGUACAUUAAGCAGGGUUUCUAAUGCAAGCAGCUUAGAACUAGGUUAUAGCCACACUGCACAAAAUUCUAUGAUAAGUGAUAAUAGUAUCGUCGGUAUUGAUGCAGAAUAUGGUCAAGAUACUGCUUCAGCAUUAUAUGACGGUUUAGGACAGCCCGUAACUGUUGCAGCUUCAAGUGAAACAAGUGGAGUGUAUACAAUGGGGAGUUCAGAAUUAACGGCGCGUUCAAAGCUGGACACACUUUCAGAAGGCAGUAGGACUGAGUACAGUGUCUCACAUUAUGAUAGUUAUAAGAUACCUAAAGAUAAUGAUCUUGCAGAUUUUGAUAGUGUUUCCUCAAUUUUAAAAAAUAAAUCAGAGAGAUCUAGUCACCCAACGAAUACAUUGAGAUUACAGACGUCUUUACCUAACAGUGAUUGUGUAGACGGUGCAACAAAUUAUUCUAAUCAAGAAAAAUGUGAUGACUUAUUCAGAGAACGAACCAAUUCUAAUGUAAGUGCAACAUCAUUUCAUGGUGACGGCAGUGAUCCUACUGAUAACAAACAUAAUCUUUUAACUGCCAGCGAACUGAGUGAUUUAAUAGUAGGUCGCGGCGUCUACCCUAAAAGUCAAUCAGUCAGUGACACUCUAGAUUCAGUUUCUGAUUACGUCAGACUACCAUUACCGUUUACUGGGGAUAGUUACAUACAAGGGCAUGAAGAUACAGCUCCGUCUGACGAUAACUAUCCCAAUAAUAGUUUCUUUGACCGUCCUCCAACACCACCAACUAGAACAGACAGUCGAAAACUUUUAAAUCUCUCGUUGCCAAAUAUUUUAGGUUUAGAUGAAAACGCACCUAUUCGACCGUCUUUUCCUAAUAAACCACCGCCUCCGUACGAAUACAAUCAUCAAACGCUCUCAACAUACGCUCAAGCUCCUUUGAAAGCUCCACCGGCAUAUCCCGGCAAAUCAUCAUCAUCGAUUUCUAAUAAACAAGUGGCAGAAAAAGAAGAAGUUGCAGCUAGGGUGGUCACUUCAAAACCGAUGAUAACAAUUUUAAAAGCAGAAGCUGGAGAAGUAAAUACAUCGAGUGAACGAACAUUUGCUAGUCCAAUGGUAAUAGAACACAGAUUCCAAAAAUCUAAACGUCAUCAAGCCUCUAGUCGCAGAGUAGAGAGGUCGAAAUUAGUACAAGGUAUAAAUAAUCUUUCUCCUUCUAGAGAACUGCCCCCACAUAAUGUAGAUUCUAAUGUGUUAGUAGCAAUGAUGAAACUUCCUCCACCACCACCGCCUCCCCGAAGAACCCGUCUGCCGCCGCCACCACCAGUUACUCGUUUACCUCCACCACCACCCCCGCAAAAUCCCAUGUUCCAUCAGCAAUUAUAUAGUGAUGUGGAUUAUGUUUACUAUCCUUUACAAGACCCGGCAGUCUCCCAGCAAAAUUACCUUGACCACAAAUUAACAGAAUCUAGAGUGUCAAAUAUGCACAAGUCUAGUCUACAAUAUCGCAGUACACCAUACUUAUCCAUGUCUAUGUCGCCAACAUCAAUGUAUGGAUCUAUACAAAACCUUUCUGAUUCCUACGUACAAUUACCUGGAGCACGUGGCAGUUGGUACUCAUUAAACAGCAGGACGUCACUCAGUAAUCAUUCCGUUAAUCUAGAAAGACCACCGAUACCAAUGCGUAAAGCAGAUUUUCCAAGUUUUUCGAGGGCCAAAUCCGACGAAAACAUAUUGAACAUUAGAGAGCCUCCACCGAUCAAAAUGCGGCGGAUGCCACCACCACCGCCACCACCUUAUGAGCAUAAAAAAAUACUCCCCACACAGCUAAGAGAAAUUCCAGCAAACGAUAGUAACAAUAGUGAUUCUACUAUAAGCAAAACUAGAGAUUGUGAUUUGGACAUUAAAACUUUAAGAGAAAAAAGCAAGAAUCUUGACUUGCCUCUUAUUGCAGCUUUGUGUAACGAUCGAUCUUUGUUGAAACAAACUAAGGCUUUUGGAGCUCCUAAAUUAAAUAGACACGCUAAUGAGUGCGAAAGUGAACAAAAAUGCUUAAAGUCCCCACAAAACACCACUGAUAUAUUAGAUCACAAGAAACAAGAAUGUAAUGUAAGAAAAGUAUCGACGGGACCUCAGAAAAAGAUAAUAGUUAGGAAUCCUACUGACAAACUGCCGGCAUUGCCGAGUUCGGCGAGUCAUACACCUAGAGCUAUGUCCAAUACUUAUGUAAUGCAUCCGAGUCUUAUAAAAUUAAAGAAAACGCAACCUAGCUCAUGA